GAUUCUCUCCGGAAGUCCCGCCCACACGCUUGAAGCAGGCAAACAUGGCAGCUCUCACCAACAGCAACCUGGACAUCUCAGCGUCUAUCGCCGGCAUUUUGAAUGAAAAACACUGCCCCGAGCACUUGCAGGUUAUGAAAACAUUUACGGCUGCGUUGCGGGACAGGGAAUUCAGGGAUGCCGUGGAAGAGCAGGCGUUCUCCCGUCUUCUGAAGGUCCUGACCAGGCUCAGUGAGGACCUGCAGGCUGCCAGUGGAGAAGAUGAGGACCUACAGUCUGUGACCUUGCAGCUGCAGUUGAUUGCUGAGUGCUUCAGGGCCCAGAGGAACUCCUGCGUCCAGAGCACACGCAACCAGAGUCUGCUCAGGGAGCUUGGUUUCGUUGACGUAACCCUGAAACUUCUGAGUUUCCUUCGUAACACAAAUUUGGAGAGCAGAGAUGGCAUCUUUGAACCUCUUCGUUGUGGAAUCCAGUUCCUCGGUAACUUAGCUGUGGGAAACCAAAUGUGUAAAGAUAACAUUUGGCAGCUGAGCUUCCCAAAUCUUCUCCUGCAGCUGCUCAGUGUUGAUGAUGAGAAGACGGUGAACUACGCCUCUAUGGUUUUCCACACGUGUCUGGAUGAAGCCAAGGUGGAAGAACUGUCUGAGCCGCAGAACAUCGAGCUGGCACUGAGGGUGAUGGAGCUGUGUAGGACUCAGCCUGAUCUGGACUGGACAGUUCUCAUUGCAACCCAGCAUUUCCUCAAGUCCUCAGCUCUGGUGGAGAACAUGUACUCAGGGAUGUCUCACCAUGACAGAGUUACUCUGCUAGAGCUGCUCUUUGCCCAGCUGAGGGAGGAGGACUCAGAGGAGUGCGGCGUUCCAGCCAGCGUGGCUCGUUUCCUGGCUAGCUCCUUCCAGGAAGGUUGUGGAGCUGUGCUGACACUCGCCACUGGUUCUGCUUCCAGUGAUGAGGUCCUGCAGGAGGCGCUGACAGUGAUCAGUCUGCUGGACGUUCUGUGUGAGAUGACUUCAGACAACAGGCAGUUCAUGUUCCUACAGGACCACCCUGACCUUCUAGUGACCACUGUUGAGCUCCUGGAGCAGGUGCACGCCAUAGGGAAGGCCAGUAAGAAUAUUUUCAGUGCUGCUCAGAACUUCUCCUUCAGUGGAGACGGAGACUCUUCUCCUGUCAUCAGCUUCAAGGCUCACCUCAUCCGACUGAUAGGAAACCUCUGUCACAGCAAUACUAACAACCAGAACAAGGUGCGAGAACUGGAAGGCAUCCCCCUGAUCUUGGACAACUGCAACAUUGACAGCAACAACCCAUUCAUCAGCCAGUGGGCCAUCUUCACCAUCAGGAACCUCCUGGAACACAACACGCAGAACCAGCAGCUGGUCGCCGAGCUGGAGCGCCGCGGCCCCGCUGACUACUCUGCCCUCAGGGAGCUGGGUUUCCUGGUGGAGGAGCGCGACGGGAGCUUGCUGCUCAAACCUGUGAGGAAAGACUCAUAAAAACCUUGGAGAGGCAGCCAGGAGAAUGGAGAUCCUCAACCCACAAGCAGGUUUUCAUGCAAAGUAAUUGUUUAGAAGGGAAAAAAGUACAUGUGCAUGCGCUUGUGUGAACAUGUACUCUAAUCGUGCUACAAGCCUACUUAAUGUUACCUAAUACUUCAGCUUUAUCUGUGGGUGAAUGACUCAUCCUCUAUCAAACAUAAGUUUUGUGCCUGUCCAGAAAAACUGACAGCUGCACUGCCAUAAACCAUAAUAUAGUAAGCAAAAAAGCGCUUUAGCGAGUUAGAUAUUUCUAUCAGAAGAGUAUGUAUAACUUACUUUUCUACCUCCAUAUUAAUGCUCAGAUGGGCCUUUACAGUAUUCUUAACACACAAAAGGCACAUGGGGUCCCCCUGGUACAAAAACAGAGGUCAGGAUGUCAGGAGCUCUUGUUCUGUCUUGACCUAAGUCUGGGAAAUGAAGAGUCUGGGACAGGCGAGCACAUGCUGGUACCUUUUGGCAAGGCUGACGCUUUGUGCUUUAAUCCAAAGACAAAGAGCACCACAGUGUCCGGGCUUUUCACUUUUCACUGACACUGAUGUUACCAGCAGGGGUUGGGGGUUUAAUUCCAGGCCCAUAGUGACUUCUGCAGUAACUGUGAAACAGAGAAUGACCAAAACAUGAUGUAAUCAACCCCCUCACCGCCUCACCUAAUUAAACAGUGGUGUCUUUGCUGGAGGGACAAAGACUUUUUUGUUCCUCCUCCAAAUGCUUAAAAUACCUGCUUAACUAGAGUGACAUAAUAUUAUUAAUAUUAGAAACUAAGACCAUCUAAGUGCAGAAUGCAAUACUAAAACUAAUAAUAACAAACUAUGCAUGUUUUGUAAUUUAAAAUCAGUGCAGUACAGCAUGAGCUUGUAUCUCUGCUUGCUUUUGCAACGCUUCUUAAGCUUCUAACAGAAAUGAGUUUUAUACUCAGUGUAGUCGCGUGACUUUCAUCUUAUUCUUCGUCUUCUCACUCUUGAUCUUCUUUUUCUAUCCUAUUGCUCAGUCCUAUAGAUAAAUAAGGCAUGAGGGCUUACAGCACGCGUCACAGGACAUUAACUACCUUUAAACUCACAUGAUGAGUUCAUGUUUUGCACCUUGGACUGCUUCUCUUUGCUCCGAGCGAGCUGUAUUUGAGUUUUACGACACUGCAUAGACUUUUUUUUUUUUAAAACAGAUUUAGUAAAUACUUCUUCUUUAGCUGUAGCUGCAUGUGUGUGAGUGUGUGCUUCUGUUGAUCAGUGAUAGUGAUCGCGGAGCAGUAGUCGAUGGGUGAGAGCGUACUGAAAGUGUGCGUCCGAAGAGUGAGUGGAUGAACGAGCGAGUGAAUCAGACCAGAAGCAUUAGUUUGCAGAAUGACAUCCCUCCCUGCUCCUCCCGUUGCUGGAUAAGCUGAACGGUCCUGACACCUCAACAAUGCAGCGCUUUAUGGGCCUGCCCACACCCUGCUCCACCCUGUUUGCUCUGCCUCUGAUUUUUAAUGACAAAAUGUAUUGAAACAAUCGGCUGGACUCUCCCCUCAAUCCUCCGGUAUAGUGAAGGGAGCUUAUGUGGUUCCGGUCCCCAGGAUUUCAGACAGCUAACAAAACAGCUGUUACUUGCGCUCGACUGGCUGGCUGCAAUGCUUUUCAGCCCCACAGGAAAGAGGCUGUGCGAGUCAGCCGGGCUGAAUGAGGUGGCAUGGCCACAGCCGUCUGUUCACCUCCUAACACAUUAGCACCACAUCAGUCAAGGCCAGAAGUUCUUGUGUUUCCCAUAUCAGCGUUUUAUUCCGUAGGCCUCUACUAUAUUGUAUUUGUGCCUUCUGGUUUGAUAUUUACCUGAAGCAAAAACACUAUGUCAGGGUGUAAAGUACAUGCUUCAUGUCUCGGUUAAAUGAUAUGUUUACUUAAUGCCUAAUAAAGUAUUGUGUGUGUGUGACAAACA